CGAGAAUCCUGUCUAGUCAUUAAUAGAAACCGUUAUACCUCGUACCAUACGAGUACCUACAGUACAUACACAGAACAGAACCCCAGUAACUUAUCCCUCUAAUUAGUUACUGUUACUGUCUUGUCUCUCUCGCCCUCCCUCUCGUUCCAUUCCAUUCUGCUUCUUCCUUGCCCCCUUCGGAUCUUUCCUAAACCUGCAAGGCCUUUCCUAGCUUUCCAUCUAGGUAUCUCUCUUUUCGUCAUCGCGCUACUUCUUGCCUCCACCGCUCCCGACUCCGAAAGUUUUCCUAUAAACUCCCCUCGAAGCCUCUGAGAUACGGAUUCGCGACUGCCCAUCCACUCUUGCAAUCUCACUACAAGCAAUCUGCUCCAGCUACCUACAUUGCUCACACCACCCACUACGACUACCUUCCCUCCAAUUUUUGCCCUUCCAAACCUUCAAUUCACAAUGGCCUACUCUGCCUACCAGCCCAAAGUCAGGGUCCAGAAGCCUGCUCCCCAAUUCUCUGGCCCCUCCGUCGUUGAUGGCACCAUCGAAGAGCUCAGCAUCUCGUCCUACUCCAACAACAAGCAAUGGCUCGUCCUCGGCUUCAUUCCCAUGGCUUGGACCUUCGUCUGCCCCACUGAGAUCAUCGCCUUCAGCGACCGCGCUGCCGACUUCGCUGCCCGUGGCGCCUCUGUCGUCUUCGCCAGCACAGAUAGCGAGUACAGCUUGUUGGCCUGGACCAACGCCAGCCGACGUGACGGAGGUCUCGGCCAGAUCAACAUCCCUCUCUUGAGCGACAAGAACCAUCAGUUGAGCAAGGACUACGGCGUCUUGAUCGAGGAGGAGGGAAUCGCGCUCCGCGGUCUCUUCUUGAUCGACCCCAACGGUGUCGUACGACAGAUUACCAUCAACGAUCUUCCCGUUGGCCGUAGCGUUGACGAGACCCUCCGUCUCAUCGAUGCCUUCCAGUUCACUGACAAGUAUGGCGAGGUCUGCCCCGCCAACUGGAACCCCGGUGAGGCUACCAUCAAGGCCACUCCCGAUGGCAUCAAGGCCUACCACACCAACAACCCUACCUCCUCUGACACCAAGAUGGCUGGCGCCACCUCCAACGGGACCCAUUGAUUUUCGUCUCGAAUAUGUAAUGGACCCACCUCAACAUCGUUCGAGCUGGGUGUAAAAUGAGCGAUAAGGUUCGAUGUGGAUUCCGCUACAACGGGAGAGGGACAUGACUCCCCUCUCGAGGAGAG